AUGACUUCUUCCACACCUCCUUCUGGCAGGUCUGUCUGUACUCAUGACCAAAUUAUUGCAGAAAAUGCAGCGAUCACAGCCAGAAAUGAAGCCUGUCGUGAUCACCGUGACAGAGGCAAGGCCAACGUCGAUAAUGACAAGCCCCUACUUCCUCUUCCAGCUACCACCUCUGUUGUCUUCUCCAACACUAACAUUAAUCAUCCUUCCACCCCCAAUGCAACCACCUCAUCUUCACAACUGGGGGGUCAUCCCUCAACUCUUCAAGCUUCUAUUCCAAAUGUCAGCACCAUGAUGGCCGCCUUUGCUAAUCUGUCUCCAUCCAAGCUCACUAGAUUACAUGCUUCUAUUUUUAAUUUGGCAUCUACCCCUUCUGCACCUACCCCUUCUGCACCUACCCCCUCUGCAUCUACCCCCUCUGCAUUUACCCCGUCUGCACCUACCCCACCUACUGCUACUAGUAAUGUCAUUUCUACCAUCACUACCAGUACCAUGCCUGCUCCGAGCCCUUCUAUUACGUCUUCUUCUCUUCUCUUUGACAUCAAUAAUGAACAUGCCUCCUCCAUGUCUAUCUCCAACACAUAUGGUGUUCAUACUUAUAUCAUAGAGUUGGCCAAGUGCCACCAGCAUAUCCCACUAUCCAUUCUCACUACAAAAGCAACAUCUCAUCUUUUCCUUGAACCCUCUACCUUAAAGUUUCUAACGCAUUACACUUCUCAUCACAACUCAGUGCCCACCAAGUGCCACAUCCUUGAUGUCUCUCAAUUCCCCGCAGAAACCUCCAUAUCAAUUGGAGAAUGGCACAAGGCAUGGGCCCAUUUUUUAAACUACUCUCUGACCAUGCCUCCCCCAAAAUUCUUGAAUGAUGGACCAAACAUCACAAUGAACUUCAACAGCACCCAGACUUCGAAGGACACUGGUUGGCCAUCCUGGCAUUUGACAUUGAACAGCAUGCCUCAUAUAUUGCUGAUCCCCAACCACUCGACAAAGCUAAGUACCAUUGUCAAUUUGAAAGCAUUAAAACCUGUGUCCUCAGGGAACAGUGUCUUAAGGAAAUUUGAGAAGCCUCCAUCAAAUCUCAUCACUUCAAACCCUACCCUCCACGCGACUUAA